AUGUCGGAGAUAAUUUAUUUAACUCGUAUUGAAACAUUUUCUGCUGCUCAUCGUUUACAUUCUGUUCAUUAUUCUGAUGAUGAAAAUGUUCUUAUUUAUGGCAAAUGUAAUAAUAAAUAUGGCCAUGGGCAUAAUUACGUUUUACACGUAACAAUUUCAGGUAAACUUGAUUAUCGUAGUGGAAUGUUAAUGAAUAUUACCGAUUUAAAAUCAUUAAUAAAAACAGAAAUAAUAGAUGAACUUGAUCAUAAGCAUUUAGACAUGGAUGUUGAAUACUUUCGAAAUGGACAAAUUGUUAGUACUACAGAAAAUUUAUGCAUUUAUAUUUGGAAAAAAUUAGAAAAAGCUCUUAAUACAUUUAAUAAUGAUAAAAAUCAAAAUCAAUCGAUAAAAUUAUAUGAAAUUAAAAUACAUGAAACAGAUAAAAAUACAGUGACUUAUAGAGGAGAAUAA